AUGAGCGCAAAUCCAAGCAACGUUAUCCGCAGGAAGUUGGUCAUUAUCGGUGAUGGUGCCUGCGGCAAGACCAGUUUGUUGAGCGUAUUUACGCUAGGUUACUUUCCUACAGUGAGCUCCCCAACCUCAAGUCGUCUCGUCAUUAGAGUUACUAACAACAACAUAGCAUUAUUGUUUGAGAACUACGUGACGGAUUGCAGAGUAGACGGCAAGUCUGUCCAGCUCGCUCUUUGGGAUACUGCCGGACAGGAAGACUACGAGCGAUUACGACCCCUUGCAUAUUCAAAGGCCCAUGUCAUUUUGAUAGGUUUCUCUGUCGACACUCCAGAUUCUCUUGACAACGUUAAGCACAAGUGGAUUGAAGAAGCUCAACGACUGUGCACCGGCGUUCCCAUCAUUCUCGUUGGCUUGAAGAAGGAUCUUCGAGAAGACCCCGUUGCGAUUGAGGAAAUGCGCAAGAAGUCGAUGCGAUUCGUCUCGGAACACGAUGGAGAGUCUAUCGCGCGAGAAAUUGGCGCAAAGCGAUAUUUGGAAUGCUCCAGCUUGAGUGGCGAGGGUGUCGACGAUGUUUUCGAGGCGGCUACCCGUGCUGCUCUGUUGACUUUCGAAAAGGGUGAGGGCGGUGGCUGCUGUGUCGUGCUGUAA